GUUGUCUGGACACGCGCAGAUGUAGAUGUAAACUAUGUUGUUUUUUUGCCCAUCGUGCGGUAAUAUUCUAAUCAUCGAGGAGGACACCUCUAGUCACCGCCUUUCAUGCAACACGUGCCCCUACGUCUCGAAGAUCAAACGUAAAAUAUCGACGAAAACCUUUCCAAGACUUAAGGAAGUAGAUCAGGUAUUAGGCGGCGUAGCUGCGUGGGAAAACGUUGAUUCCACUGACGCCGAGUGCCCAGUAUGUUCACAUAAACGCGCUUAUUUUAUGCAAAUGCAAACACGCUCAGCGGACGAGCCUAUGACCACAUUCUACAAGUGCUGCAAUCAUUUGUGCGGCCACAACUGGAGAGACUAGAUGCGCCUUUUUCAACCGCUACU